AGAACUCAGAUGUUCAAAUUGAUUCAUCUUCCCAGCAGCUUAAAGCCCAGCUUGACUCCAUAUUUGUGCUGCUGGAGGACCAUAUUGUCACAUUUGUGAAGAAGGAGCUGAAAAAGAUACAGAAGGUUCUGAGUUCGCAUGAGCCAGGAUCCAUAGAGAGUCAGAAGGAUGAUAUUGGGAUUUUGGAAGGUGAGGAUAAAGAGCUGAGUGGGAGCAACAGACAGGCAUUAAUGAAGAUCAUACUAAACUUCCUGAGGAUGAUGAAGCAGGAGGAGCUGGCUGAUCGCCUGCAGAACAAAAAUCUUUUAGCAGUUUGUCAACAUAAACUCAAAUCUGGUCUAAAGAAGAAGUUCCAGUAUGUGUUUGAGGGGAUUACUAAAGCAGGAAGCCAAACCCUUCUAAACCAGAUCUACACAGAUUUGUUCAUCACAAAGGGAGGAACUGGAGAGGUCAAUGAAGAACAUGAGGUCAGACAGAUUGAAGCAGCAUCCAUGAAACAAAACAGACCAGAAACAACAAUCAGAACAGAGGACCUCUUUAAAGUCCCAUCCGGAAGAGAUCAACCAAUCAGAACGGUGAUGACAAAGGGAGUGGCUGGCAUUGGUAAAACACUAUUGACGCAGAAGUUCAGUCUUGACUGGGCUGAAGGGAAAGCCAACCAGAACAUCCAGUUUUUAUUCCCUUUCGCCUUCCGAGAGCUGAAUGUGUUGAAAGAGAAAAGGUUUAGCUUGGUGGAACUUGUUCAUCACUUUUUUGUUGAAACCAAAGAAAUAUGCAGCUUUGAAAACCUCCAGGUUCUGUUCAUCUUUGAUGGUCUGGAUGAGAGUCGACUUCCUCUUGACUUCCACAACAAGGAGAUCCUGACUGAUGUUACAGAGUCCACCUCAGUGGAUGUUCUGCUGACAAACCUCAUCAGGGGGAAACUGCUUCCCUCUGCUUUCCUCUGGUUAACCACACGACGAGCAGCAGCCAGUAGGAUCCCUCCUGAGUGUGUUGGCAUGGUGACAGAGGUCAGAGGGUUUACUGAGUCACAGAAGGAGGAGUACUUCAGAAAGAGAUUCAGAGGUCAGGAGAAGGCCAGUAGGAUUGUCUCACAUAUGAGGACAUCUAAAAGCAUCCGCAUCAUGUGUCACAUCCCAGUCUUCUGCUGGAUCACUGCUACAGUUCUGGAGGAUGUGUUGGAGACCACAGAGGGAAGACAGCUGCCAAACACUCUGACUGAGAUGUACAUCCACUUCCUGGUGGUUCAGACCAAAGUGAAGAAGGUCAAGUAUGAUGAAGGAGCUGAAACAGAUCAACACUGGAGUCCAGAGAACAUACAGAUGAUUGAGUCUCUGGGAAAAUUAGCUUUUGACCAGCUGCAGAAAAGAAACCUGAUUUUCUACGAAUCAGACCUGGCAGAGUGUGGCAUUGACAUCACCACUGCUUCUGUGUACUCAGGAUUGUUCACACAGAUUUUUAAAGAGGAGAGAGCGCUAUACCAGGACAAGGUGUUUUGCUUUGUCCAUCUGACUGUUCAGGAGUUUGUGGCUGCUCUUCAUGUUCAUCUUACCUUCUUCAAUUCUGGUGUCAACCUACUGGAAGAAGCAGAGAUAAAAUCUAAAGGGCCCAAAGAAAAUUCUCUCUAUCAGAUAGCCAUUGACAAAGCCUUACAGAGUCCAAAUGGACACCUGGACUUGUUCCUCCGCUUCCUCCUGGGACUUUCACUGAAGACCAAUCAGAAACUUCUACAAGGUCUGCUGACACAGACAGGAUGUUGCUCACAGACCAAUCCAGAAACUAUUGAGUACAUCAAAGAGAAGAUAAGUGAGAAUGUGUCUGCAGAAAAAAAUAUCAAUCUGUUCCACUGUCUAAAUGAACUGCAUGACUGCUCUCUAGUGGAGGAGAUUCAAAACUUUUUGGUUUCAGGACAUCUCUCCACAGAUGAAAUGUCUCCUUCUCAGUGGUCAGCUCUGGGUUUCAUCUUAAUCUCAUCAGGCAAAGAUCUCAAUGUGUUUGACCUGAAGAAAUACUCUGCUUCAGAGGAGGUUUUUCUGAGGCUUCUGCCAGUAGUUAAAGUCUCCAGUAAAAUGUUAUUGAGCGACUCUAACCUGUCAGACAGAACCUGUGAAGCUUUGUCUUCAGUUCUUUGCUCUCAAUCCUCCAAUCACAUAAAACUGGACCUGAGUAAUAACAAGCUGCAGGAUUCUGGAAUGAAGCUUCUAUCUAUUGGACUGGAAAGUCCAAACUGCAAACUAGAAACUCUCAGCUUGUCAGGGUGUCUGAUCUCAAAGGAAGGCUGUGCUUCUCUAGCCUUAGCUCUGAACUCAAACCCCUACCAUCUUAAAGAACUGGACCUGAGCAACAAUGAUCUUGGAGACUCAGGAGUGAAGAUGCUGUCAAAUGGCCUCAAGGAUCUUUCCUGGAGACUGGAAACUCUCAGAUUGAGUGGCUGUGACCUCUCCGAACAAAGCUGUGAAGCCUUGGCCUCAGUUCUCAGCUCUCAGUCCUCAAGUCUCAGAGAAUUGGACCUGUGUAACAACAACCUGGGGGAUUCAGGAGUGAAGAUUCUUUCUGCUGGACUAGAGAGUCCAAAUUGCAAACUGGAAACUUUAAGACUCAGUCGAUGUGACAUCUUAGAAGGAAGUUGUGAAGCUCUGGCCUCAGUUCUCAGCUCCCAGUCCAUCACUCUUAAAGAACUAAACCUGAGUAAUAAUAACCUGCAUAAUUCAGGAGGGAAGAAUAUCUCUGUUGGACUGAAGAGUCAAAACUGCAAACUGGAAACUCUAAGCUUGUCGGGCUGUCUGAUCUCAGAGGAAGGUUGUGCUUCUCUGGCCUCAGCUCUGAACUCCAACCCCUCUCAUCUGAAAAAGUUGGACCUGAGCUACAACCAUCCCGGAGACAUCGGACUGAAGCUGCUUUUGGCCGGAGUUAAAGAUCCACACUGGAAACUGGAAGAUCUCAGGGUGGAGCCUGCUGGAAUCCGAUGGUUGAACCCUGGUCCCUGGAGAUACUUCUGUCUACUCACAUUCGACACAAAUGCAGUGAGCAGAUACCUGAAACUUUCUGAGGACAACAGGAAAGUGACAUUUGAUCAUUUACACAAAUUUGAUUACUGGCCUCAGUUGCUGUGUACAAAUGCUUUGACUGGCCGCCAUUACUGGGAGGUUGAAUGGAGAGGGAGAGUUGAUAUCUCAGUGAGUUACAGCAGAAAUAGCAAGAGAAAAGAACCUUGGUUUGGAAGGAAUAAUCAGUCCUGGAGUCUAAGCUGCUUUGAUGAUGGGUAUUCUGUCUGGCACAAUGACAUAGAAACACAUAUUUCCUCCCCCAUCUCAAACAGAGUAGCAGUGUAUGUGGACUGUCCGGCUGGCGUUCUCUCCUUCUACAAAGUGUCACCUGAAUCAUUGAUUCUCCUCCACACCUUCAACGCCACAUUUACUGAACCUCUGUUUCCUGGAUUUGAGUUCAGAUGGCACAGAUCUGGUUCAUCAGUGUUGUUGUGCUGAAUUGGAGAUAAAGACACUCCAACUCUCAGAAAAAUACUCUUAUUGAUGAACAGCCUGUACAUGUCUGUCUUUUUCAGAUAAAAAAAGCUAAUGGAUUUAAAAUGUUUCCUUUUUAUAAUUCAUUAAAACUUCAUCCUCUGCAAGUCCUUUAAAGUUAGAAGUUGAGAUUGUGCCAUGGUUCCAUGUUUGUCUGGCUGUUUCUAGUCAAGG